AUGGAAUUUGUUAAUCCUCUCCAGUUUUUAAAAGAUAAGACCAUUUUAAUCACUGAUGCCACUGGCUUUCUAAGAAAAGUUUUCGUGGAGAAGAUCAUGAGGAUUCAACCAAAUGUGAAAAUUUUUUAUCUUCUUGUGAGAGCAACCGAAGCAAAGUCUGCAAUGAAACGAAUUAUUGAUGAGGUUGAGAAGGAUUUGUUUAAUGUGCUGAGGGAUAAACUCGGUGUCAAUUUCAAGUUCUUUAUAUCAAAAAAGGUGGUAGCAGUAGCCAGAGACGUUUUUGAAGUAAACUUGGGAGUAAAAGAUUCUAACUAA